AUGGACGAGCUCGUGUACUACAACGCCACGGGAAAACCAGAGGACAAGAAGAACCUGACGUCGUUCUCGUACCUGUCCUCCCUACACUCCACAAAGAUAUAUCACCAGUACAGACAGUCGCCAUCGUCGCCAAACGGGUCGGUGAACCUGUCGAUUGGCCACGGGUCGCAUCUUCUUGUUGCUCUUCCGGAAAAGCCGAUUCUGCACGUCUACCUCCACGGCAAGGAGUCGCCAGAACAGAUCAUCCCGCUGCCUGAAAUCCUCACGUGCCUGACAUGCUACCGAGACAGCGAGGAUCCGCAGAAGCCAACGCUCCUCCUCGGAGGAUCCGUUUCGGGGAGACUGUACGUGUGGUCGAUCAACUCGGGGCUCUUGCUGGCGGUGAAACAGCCCCACUACCAGCCGUUGACGCACAUCGCCGCCUACUCCGGGUUCAUCGCCACAGGCAGCAAGGACUCGCGGAUCGUCGUCCACACGUUGAACACCAUCUUCAUGCACGCAACCGGCAUCGACACCGACACGAACGACAAGCCGUUUGCUACUAUCACCGACAACACGCUCCCAAUCACGUCCCUCGUCUUCAACAGGGGGCUCAACAACGACGUCAAGCUCGUGUCGUCGUCGCUCGACUCCACCGUGCGUAUGUACUCCUUGGCUGCAGCCUCGGGGGCAGAGCUGCUCACCACCAUCGUCGCCACGGGCCCCGUCACCGCGCUGGCUGCAGACCCGGCCUUCCGGGCCCUGUACCUCGGCCUCGCCGACGGCCAGAUACGAAGUGUGCCUCUCUUCAGAGUCAACCCAAGAACGAAGGUGGUCGAGGCCGUUGGCGGCAUGGGCAGGGUUGUCACCCUCAAGCCGGACGUCGACAACCUCGAGACGUUCACCUGCCACCAGGACCAGCACAAGCCUGCCGCAGACGUCGCCGUCACGCAGCUGAAGGUGUCCUUCGACGGCACGCUGCUCGUGUCCGGAGACAGCAGAGGCUCGCUCUUUGUCAUCGACAUCACCACCAAGCAGGUGCGCAAGAAGCUCAAGGAGCUCGUCGGGGAAAUCAGCACCCUCGAGCUCUGGACCGUCGACCUCGCCGACGCCCGCUUCGACAACACCGGCGUCGACAAGAACCUCAAGCGGACCAUUCCCGUGCUCAAGAGAUCCGUCGCCGAGUCAGCCGACCUCAGCGCCCUGAAGCUCUCCCUGAAGCUCACUGCAGAGCCCCAGCCUACAACCCCUUCUCCUUGGGACUUCGACAGCUGGAUCGACCAGGUUCAGAGCGAAGAAAAGGCUUUUGCAAACCUCUCCGCCGUCGACUCCCACACCUUUGGCAACACCGGUUUCUCCCUCAACAUCGACAAAAACACAAUCCGGGACCUCAACAAAGAGCUCCAGGACAAGGACCGCACCUACGCCGAGCUCAAGGCCAAAUACGAUGAGCUCCUCUCCGAGUACACUGCCGCCGUUUCCAAGUAA